AUUGCAGAGAUUUCUUUUCAAAGCCGAAAGAUCGACUUCACAGAGMAUUUUCCGACCUCGUUCCUACGAGAUUAGURAUAUACAUACCAWAUUAUUUUAAUAUCGUCCAUAAAGAGUAAGAAUCAGUCGACAUAAGAUGUUGUUCGCCGGUAUAAARGAAACGCUCUCCAAGCUUGUGCAGUCUCCUUUUGGCGUGGUCAGAGCCGAAGAAGAAGAAUUAGUUGACCCUGCCAAGGUGUUGAGGGCUAAGUGUGAACAACAAAAAGAAGCGCAAGAACGGUUUGCCAAGCUGCAAGAAUGCAACACUCGGGUAAAUUCUAGAAAAGCAACGGCUGAAACCUGUGUUGAAGAAUUCUGGGAUUUUCUGGAAGUCGUUGAUAAAUGUAUCGCAAAAGACCUGUUUGAUCAUCUCAAGUGAAUAAUGUAUAAUAUAUGGUGUUGCAGUUUGACAGCCAUUUAGCCUUAGGUAUUUUAUGUGUGGUAUAAUCCAUUCUGUAAACAAUGAUAUGAUAUUACCAUUAUUUCUUGUUUUUUUUUUCGAUUUUCCAAUAAAAUCUGAGUUGAUUGACAA